AUGUUUUCCUUUUCUGGCAACAACAACGCCAACAACAACAACACUGCACCAAAUACAGGAUUCUCAUUUGGUGGGGGUAACAACGCAAAUACUGCAACUGCUAACAAUAAUAAUGCAUUUUCAUUUGGUAAUAACUCUAAUGCACCAGCAGGUACUUCCAUAAAUUCCUCCACUACUGGUGGGUUGUUUGGCAACAAACCAGCUUCUACCGGUGGAUUAUUUGGUAACAACAAUGCUGCCACAGGUAAUACCGCUGGUGGAGGAUUGUUUGGUAAUAACAAUGCUGCUACAAAUAAUACCGCUGGUGGAGGAUUGUUUGGUAACAACAAUGCUGCUACAAAUAAUACCGUUGGUGGAGGAUUAUUCGGUAACAACAAUACUACUACAAAUAAUGGCACUAGCGGAGGAUUAUUUGGUAAUAAGCCAGCUUCAAGUGGUGGACUCUUUAAUAAUAACAAUGCUACUAUAAAUAGUGGCACUGGUGGAGGAUUAUUCGGUAAUAACAAUGCUACUACAAAUAAUGGCACUAGUGGUGGAUUAUUUAGUAAUAAGCCAGCUUCAAGCGGUGGGUUAUUUGCUGGAAAUAAUGUUUCUAAUUCCAACACUACAGAUGGGCUAUUUGGAACUAAUAGAAAUGCUAACGCAGUCCCUACUACUGGUAACUUGUUUAAUGGGAGCACCACUGCCAACAAUAAUAUAUCACUAUUUGGUAAAACGACCCAACCAUCAUUUGCUUGGACGCAGGGAUCUACUAAUCAACAAGUCCAACAACAACAAGCCCAACAACUACAGCUACAACAGCAAGCCCAACAACAACAACAACAACAGCAACAGCAACAGCAACAAUUGAAUGGCUUAUCUACAACGUAUCCUAAACAAAUACAAGACAAAUUACUUAAAUUACAAGAUUCAUGGUCACCUGCCUCUUCUGAGUCUAAAUUCAAAACUUUUGUUUAUAAUAAAUUAGACCAACCGACCCCUUUAUAUCAUAUACAAUUGAGUAAACCUAGCGAUAUAAUUACACAAGAUGAAUGGGACAAAGCAUUAAUGAAAAGACCGGGGGCAUCAAACGUUAAUGCAAUUGGGAAUUCUAAUGAUAAUUCCAAUAUUGCUUCUACUACUACCAUUCACAAUAAUAUUAGUAAUAUUCAUGGUGGUAAUGGUCCGACUAGUGGCAUAGCUCCAUCAACUCAUAAUGAUGUUGAUUAUUACGUUCCGGUGCUAAUUACCUCACCACAGCAACUGCAAGAACGUAUUGCAUUACAAGUUCAAACAGUUGCUCAAUACAGAACAAUUAUGAAUAAUUUAAUAUAUGAACAGCAUUUAAGUUCAUUAAAGGAUAAACAUGACUUAGAUACCUCUGUACGUAUUAUUAAAAGCCUGCAAUUUUUGAAAACAUUGGAGUCAAGAUUGUGGAAAUUGAACUGUGCUAUUAAACUUAUUGUUGAAAAAACAAAGAACGAUCAUAGAUUCUUGGUAGUAGAAGAAGAGAAAGAAAAAGGGGAACAAGAAGAGGAAGGAGCGCAACGAAAAAAACAAUUAGAACAAGGUAAUUACACUAAAAACAAGAAUGCAGCUUUGAAUAUGUUCAAUCAACAUGAAAUUCUUCCAGGAUUUGGUAAUACUGAUAAAUUCACCGAUGCAGAUAAUAAAUUAACUAAAAAAAUCAUUCCUUUGGAUGAAUCUAUCACCAACCUAGUUAAAGAAACUGAAGAUCCUUCCAGUUUGGGGAAAAUAACGUCAGGCGAGUAUUGGGCAAGAAUAUCUAUUUUAAAAGAACGUUGUAAGAUUGCUAUUGAGAAAUACGACACAUUGCUAAACAACGAAAAGUUCAUUGAAAGCAGCGUUACUGAUAAUAAUGAGGAUUCAAUUGAAUCAAAGAAUAAAGGAAGUGGUACCAACAACAACAACAAUAACUUUGAUAAACUUGUAUCCGUUUUAAGUGUUCAGCAAGAAGGGAUAUGCUAUUUAGACAAGGUAUUACAAUCUGAUCUUAACGGCAUUUGA